AUGUCUCAUAAUAAUAAUUACUACAAACCCUACCAAUGCCUUCUCACGUUACUCAUCGUACUUCUACUACGUUCUACACCGGCAUCGGCGGCGCCAACCGACGCCGAACUACUCCUCAAAUUCAAGAGCUCUUUGUCGAACGCUGCGGCGCUGAGCGACUGGAACGCCUCCGUCCCUCUUUGCAACGGCAACAAGAACAACUGGUCGGGCUUGACGUGCAUGAACGGGAAUCUGUACGGCUUGAGGCUUGAAAACAUGGGCCUGAUGGGCGUGAUCGACGUCGAGACGCUGUCGCAGCUGUCGAGUGAUUUGCGGAGCCUGAGCGUCAUGUACAACAGCUUCACUGGCGCGAUCCCGCCCGUGGGACGCCUCGGCGGGCUGAGAGCCUUGUUCUUGUCGCACAGCGGAUUUUCCGGGAAAAUUCCUCACGAUGCGUUUGAAGGUAUGAAGUACUUGAAGAAAGUUUACUUGGCGAGGAAUGGAUUUGGUGGGAGAUUGCCGAGUUCGCUUGUUGGGUUGAGUAAACUUGUGGAGUUGGAUGUUGAGGGAAACCAGCUUGGUGGAAAGAUUCCGGGUUUUGAGCAAAGGGAUUGGAGAGUUUUGAAUUUUGCCAAUAAUCGGUUUAAGGGACGAAUACCGGCAAGCUUGAGCAAAAUCGAUAGAAGCGCUUUCUUGGGAAAUCCAGAUUUAUGUGGAGCACCUCUUAGCGCUUGCAAGCCCCCAAAGAAGCCAUUUAUUACAAUAGCCAUAGUACUUUCAAUAGCUGCAAUAAUUGCCACCAUUGCACUUUUUAUCUUCUUCCUCCGCGCCCGCCGGGCCCAAUCCCCGAACCGAAAAUCGAUAUCCAAACAUCUAGGGCAGGCCCCAAAAGUUUACAAGAAGUUUGCCCUCUGGGACACCGCCCGAUCACCGGAUUACUACGACGACAAGAAGAAAGGCGACCGAAAUCGUAGCUUGCACUUUGUGAGGAACGACAGAGAAAGGUUUGAGCUGGAAGACUUACUUAGAGCCUCGGCUGAGGUUUUGGGAAGUGGGAGUUUUGGGUCGUCAUACAAGGCCGUUCUUUUUAGUGGGCAAGCCUUGGUUGUGAAGAGGUUUAGGUAUAUGAAUAAUGUGGGAAGAGAAGAACUUCAUGCGCAUAUGGCCAGGCUAGGCAGGUUGUCCCACCCUAAUCUGCUCCCUCUUGUUGCUUACUACUACACCAAAGAAGAAAAGCUUUUGAUUUCUGAUUUUGUUGAGAAUGGAAGCUUGGCCAGCCGUCUCCAUGGAAAACGACCAGCAGGAGAACAAGGGCUAGAUUGGCCUACAAGGUUGAACAUCGUAAAAGGAGUAUCAAGAGGUUUAUCCUAUCUCUACAGAGAAUUCCCAAACCUAACCCUCCCCCAUGGCCAUCUCAAGUCGUCCAACGUCCUCCUCGACCGCGGCUUCAACCCGCUCCUCUCGGAGUACGCCCUAACCCCUCUCCUCAACAUCACUCACGCCCACCAAUUCAUGGCCGCCUUCAAAUCCCCCGAGUUCUCCCACCGCGACCGCGCCUCUAAGAAAACCGACGUCUGGAGCCUCGGGAUCCUAAUCCUCGAGCUCCUAACGGGCAAGUUCCCCGCCAACUACCUCAAGCGUGGCACGGCGGAUCUAGCUGCGUGGGUGAACUCGGUGGUGAGGGAGGAGUGGACGGGAGAGGUGUUCGACAAGGAGAUGUGCGGCACGAGGAGAGGCGAGGGCGAGAUGCUCAAGUUGUUGAAGAUAGGGCUGUGUUGCUGCGAGGCGAGCUCGGAGAGGCGGUGGGAUUGGCGACAGGCGUCGGAGAAGAUCGAGGAGCUGAUGGAGAGAGACAAUGAUGGAGAAGAUUACUCAUCAUAUGUUACGGAUUGGGAUGUUUACUCUUCCAUGGUGUUGAGCGACGAGGAUUUCUCUUUCUCAGUUAAGAAUUAA